AAGAUCACACUGCACGUCCUGAGGAAAAUGAACCAGAAGGAGCUUGCUGACACACUGGAGAAAUAUUCAGAUGAUCCUGCUGUGAUUUGCCAACGUGAACUCAAAUCUAAUCUGAAGAAGAAGUUUCAAUGUGUAUUUGAGGGGAUCGCUAAACAAGGAAACCCAACACUUCUCAAUAAGAUCUACACAGAGCUCUACAUCACAGAGGGUGGAACAGGAGAGGUCAAUAAUGAACAUGAGMUGAGACAGAUUGAGACAACARCCAGGAAAMAAGCAAGACCAGAGACUGCAAUCAAAUGUAACGACAUCUUCAAACCCUUAACUGGACAAGACAAACUUAUCAGAACUGUGCUGACAAAGGGAGUCGCUGGCAUUGGAAAAACAGUCUCUGUGCAGAAGUUCAUUCUGGACUGGGCUGAAGGAAAAGCAAAUCAGGAUGUCCAAUUURUAUUUUCAUUYCCUUUYCGGGAGCUGAAUUUGAUGAAAGRGSACAAACACACUUUSAUUGAACUYCUYAAUCRCUUCUCAAURGAAACCAAASAAUCAAGRAUCUCCAACUWCRACAAGUACAAAGUUCUGUUCAUCUUUGAUGGUCUGGAUGAGUGCCGACUGCCCCUAGACUUCCAGAAGAACAAGAUCUGUUGUGACGUCACAGAGUCAACCUCAGUGGAUGUUCUGCUGACAAAUCUCAUCAAGGGAAAUCUGCUUCCCUCUGCUCUCCUCUGGAUAACUACCCGACCUGCAGCAGCCAAUAAGAUCCCUUCAGRRUGUGUUGACCAGGUGACAGARGUACGAGGRUUCAAUGACCCACAGAAGGAGGAGUACUUCAGGAAGAGAUUCAGUGAUGAGGACCUGGCCAGCAGAAUCAUCUCACACAUAAAGACAUCAAGGAGCCUCCACAUCAUGUGCCACAUUCCAGUCUUCUGUUGGAUUUCUGCAACAGUCCUUGAACACAUGCUGVAACAUAAGAGAGAAGAGAUGCCAAAGACUCUGACUGAGAUGUACACACACCUUGUGGUGUUUCAUACCCAACAGAAGAAUGAAAAGUAUCUUGGGAAAGAAGAGACAGGUCCACACUGSAAUAAAGAGAGCAUUCUGUCACUGGGAAAACUGGCUUUUCAACAGCUUGUGAAGGGAAAUCUGAUUUUCUAUGAAGAAGACCUUAAAGAGGCUGGCAUUGAUGUCAAUGAAGCCUCAGUGUACUCAGGAUURUGCACACAGCUCUUUAAAGAGGAAUGUGGGCUGUACCAGUACAAGGUGUACUGCUUCGUGCAUCUGAGCAUUCAGGAGUUUCUGGCUGCUGUAUAUGUGUUCCUCUCMUUCAUCAACAACAAUGAGAAUCUAAUGGACAAACUGCAAACAAAAGACAAGUCUGCAGUUACUUUCUACAAGAGUGCUGUGGAUAAAGCCUUACAAAGUGAGACGGGAAACCUGGACCUUUUCCUCCGCUUCCUUCUGGGCCUCUCACUGGAGUCCAAUCAGAAGCACUUACAAGGUCUACUGACAAAGACAAGAUGCAGCUCACAGAGCCAAGAAGAAACAGUCAAGUACAUCAAGGAGAAGAUCAAGGAUAAUCCCUCUCCAGAGAGGUGCAUCAAUCUGUUCCACUGUCUGAAUGAACUGAAUGACCAUUCUCUACUGGAGGAGAUCCAAAGCUACCUGAGAUCAGGAAGUUUCUCAGAAGACGAACUGUCACCUGCACAGUGGUCAGCUCUGGUCUUUGUGUUGCUGACUUCAGAAAAGGAGCUGGAUGUGUUUGACCUGAAGAAAUACUCCAGAUCAGAGGAAGGUCUUCUGAGGCUGCUGCCAGUGGUCAAAGCCUCCAGAGCUGCUCUGCUGUCAGGCUGUGGAGUCACAGAGGAAGGCUGUGCUUCUCUGGUCUCAGCUCUGGAGUCAAACCCCUCACACCUGAGAGAGCUGGACCUGAGUAACAAUGACCUGAAGGAUUCAGGAGUGAAGCUGCUCUCUGCUGGACUGGGGAAUCCCCACUGUAAACUGGAGACUCUGAGGCUGUCAGGCUGUCUAGUCACAGAGGAAGGCUGUGCUUCUCUGGCCUCAGCUCUGAGGUCAAACCCCUCACACCUGAGAGAGCUGGACCUGAGUAACAAUGACCUGAAGGAUUCAGGAGUGAAGCUGCUCUCUGCUGGACUGGGGAAUCCCCACUGUAAACUGGAGACUCUGAGGCUGUCACGCUGUCUAGUCACAGAGGAAGGCUGUGCUUCUCUGGUCUCAGCUUUGAAGUCAAACCCCUCACACCUGAGAGAGCUGGACCUGAGCUACAAUCACCCAGGAGACUCAGGAGUCAGACCGCUCUCUGCUGGACUGGAGGAUCCACACUGCAGACUGGAGAAACUCAAUGUGGAACAUGGUGGAGAGUACACAAUGAAACCUGGGCUUAGAAAAUAUGUCUGUGAUCUCACACUGGACCCAAACACAGUACACAGACUCCUCUUUCUGUCUGAGGAGAACAGAAAGGUGACAUGGAGGAGAGAGAAGCAGCCGUAUCCUGAUCACCCAGAGAGAUUUGAGGACUAUAGACAGGUGCUGUGUAGAGAGGGUCUGACUGGGCGCUGUUACUGGGAGGCAGAGUGGAGUGGGAGAGAGGCUGUUAUAGGAGUGACAUAUAAAGGAAUCAGCAGGAGAGGAUGGGGUGAUGACUGUUGUCUUGGAUACAAUAACAAGUCUUGGAGUCUGCGCUGCUCUGACAACAGUUACUAUGCCAGGCACAAUAAUAUCUCCACUACCAUAGACGUCCCUUCCUCCAGCUCUCACAGAGUAGGAGUGUAUCUGGACUGGCCAGCCGGCACUCUGUCCUUCUAUAGAGCCUCCUCUGACACACUGACACACCUGAUCACAUUCACCUCCACAUUCACUGAGCCCCUCUAUCCAGGGUUUUGGGUUGAUGUUGACUCCUCAGUGUCCCUGUAAAUAAUAACCUGACACACACAGUCUUGUAUUUCUAACCAAUUUAGGACUCCUCACAAACACAUACCUGACCAUGCUUACCAGACAUCAUAGAAGCACAGAAAUUACACUCAUGAGUUAGAAAACAUCACCUAAAGUUGCUGACUCCUUGAAAAAAAGUUACCUUGUAAUUUUACCAACUACUUCGACCGUACAUUGCAAAUCAAAUCAAAU